AUGGAGACGCUGUUAGAAGGUCAGUCUAUGCGGUUCCGAGUCAUCGAACGCGCAUUAGACAACUUCAAAAAGCUGGGCAGAAAGAAUCUGACCGCGGCGAAAAUCCGCAAUCAAAUCCAGACGUUGAAGGAGGACUGGGAAGAGGCGAAGGGUGGACAUCGUGCUCUCCUGGCUGCUGUCCCCGUCGCAGAGCGCCCCGGUUACGAGUACUUCCAGAGCCUGAGGUUCGAAGCCACCCAGGAGAUGUAUCAAACCGCAUCCGAUCACAUGGCCGAGUGCCUUGAAGAACUGGAGCCGUACGUACCCCCGAAUCAAUCAUUUAGUUUCGGACAGCAGUCCCCGGGAUUUUCGUCCGCCUAUUCGAUCUCACAUUUACCGCCGAUGAAACUUCCUCCGUUCGACGGGAAGUAUGAGGAAUGGGAGAGUUUCCGCGAUCGAUUUACGUCUCUUAUUCUUAAUAAUAAAGAUUUAUCGAAUUUUACGCGAAUGCAUUACUUAAUUUCAUGUCUCACAGACCGCGCUCUUGAUUGCGUAAAAGAUAUACGAGUCACCGCCGAUAAUUUCGAUAUCGCGUGGGAAACUCUAAACACGCGUUUCGAAAACAAACGCCGCUUGAUUAACGUGCAUAUGACUGCGUUGCUCAAUUUGCCCGCAGUCGCGAAAGAAUCCGCGAUCGAGCUACAGUCCCUCUCUGACCGCAUUCACACCGCUGUCGCGGCUCUUAACAAGUUAAAUCGUACUCCGGAGGAGCUGUGGAGCGACAUGUUAGUGAGUCUCGGGACGCAGAAACUCGACGCGGUUACAAAAAAGGCAUGGAAUCUCAAAUUCAGCGAGGACCGGAAUCCUCUCUCUUACGAAGCGUUUAAUAAAUUUCUGGAGAAUCGAAUUCGCGCUCUAGAGGAAUGGAAACUCUCCCCUUCGUCCUCCGAUAAAGCGAAAAAUGCAAAUCCGCAUAAAGUCAGUAGCGCGAACGUAUGCGCGAAGGCCGUAUCGCAGUGUUCGCUAUGCAAAGCUAAACAUGCGUUCAGCUCCUGUCCGCAAUUCGCGGGGAAGAGUCCGAGUCAACGACGUGAAAUCGUUCAACGGGAACGACGUUGCUUUAAUUGCCUGAGCCAACAUCACGCCGUCAAGGCAUGCUCGAGCAAAUUCCUCUGCCGCAUGUGUCAGAAACCACAUCAUACGAUGCUUCAUGUUGACUCCGACUCUCCCCCGAAAACCGAGGCAGUAACCCCGGCGACCGACCCACCGAGGGCCGUCGACGCAACAACAAGCGAAGUAAACUCACUGUUAGCGUCUUCACAGACUCCUUCGCGUUCUUAUGUUUUGCUCGCAACGGCUUGGGUCACCGUAAGCUCGCCGCUCGGUAGAUCUGUUAUUGUUCGAGCUCUGCUCGAUCAAGGUUCCGAGAUGAGCUUCAUUACCGAAAAACUCGCGCAGUGUCUCAGGCUGAAACGCGUUCGAAUGCCGACCUCGGUUUCGGCUGUCGGCGGUAUACACGCCGGAACAUAUCAACACGCGGCUCAAGUAAAUCUUUCGCCGAGAAACAAACAGACUCCGGCAUUCUCUACGCACGCGUUAAUCCUGAAAUCGUUAACGUCAUACGCGCCGAAGCGUAUGACAACGGAGCAUACUUUAGAUCACCUAGCAGAUCUCCCAUGGGCUGACCACGACCCCAUGAGCGCAGAUCCCAUCAAUAUAAUAGUCGGUGCAGAUCUCUACGGCGUCCUCAUGAUUGACGGGCUUUGCAAGGGAGCGGUCGGACAGCCGAUCGCUCAAAACUCAGUACUAGGAUGGGUGAUCUCGGGGCCCAUCCCACCUUCAAAGGUGGAGUCGCAUAUUACGUCGAUCGCAUCAUCGGAACAACCGCUUCUGCGGGUGAACGCACAUCACUGCCUUAAUCUGUCCCUCGAUCAGGAGCUUAGAAAAUUCUGGGAGGUCGAGGAACUUCCGCAUAAGACACAUCUUAACCCGGAAGACGAGCAAUGUGAGGACCAUUUUCGCCGCACCCACUCACGUUGUCCCGACGGCAGAUACAUGGUCCGCCUUCCGUUUAGGGCCGGUCCCCCUAUCGAAAUAGGUCAUUCCCGAGGUGUCGCCGAGCACCAUCUCAAAGGCUUAGCUCGAAGAUUAGAUGCUCAUCCGGAGCAAAAACGGGAGUAUUCCGAAUUUUUACGCGAGUACGAAACCCUCGGGCAUAUGAUCGAGGUGCCCGCUUCAGAUGACGCGGACGAGCAACGCGUUUACAUCCCGCAUCACGCGGUCAUGCGCGAAAGCAGCGCCACGAGUCAUCUGCGCGUCGUCUUCAACGCGUCUUGCGCAACGUCAAACGGGUCCUCGUUAAACGACCAUCUCCUGGUCGGACCCAAACUUCAACCUGAUUUAUCGGCUAUCAUCCUGCGAUGGCGACUAUUCAAGUACGUGUACACGGCCAACAUGACUAAAAUGUAUCGGCAAAUUCGUGUCGACCCGCGUGAUGUAACGUAUCAACGCAUUCUGUGGCGCGAAUGUCCUAAUGAUCCGCUUCGCGAAUACAGCCUUCUCACCGUCACAUAUGGUACCGCGGCCGCUCCGUACUUAGCGCUUCGCGUACUCGAUCAGUUGGUAAACGACGAAGGACAGGCAUUUCCCUUAGCUGUUCUCAUACUCCAGAAAGGGAAAUAUAUCGACGAAACUCUCUUCGGCGCGCAUCGCCCCGAGGACCUCCGUAUCGCCCGCGAUCAACUCAUCGCCCUCCUACGGAAAGGUGGCUUUGAGUUAAGGAAAUGGGCCAGUAAUAAUUCGGAGCUCUUGUCGGACAUUGAUCCCGCGAAUCACGGACUCGCGUGCAACAAAAUUUUGAAAACGGAUGAAAGUUUGAAAAUCCACGGGGUCAGUUGGAACCCGGCGCUCGAUAUCUUUCAAUUUCAAACGGCUACCGACGCCCCUGCUCCGCAAACAAAGCGAUCGAUUCUUUCCGCGAUCGCGAAACUGUUUGACCCGCUCGGUUGGGUGACUCCCGUCACGAUUACUGCGAAAAUUUUGAUGCAACGGUUGUGGCGUCUUAAGUUCGAGUGGGACGACACGCUCCCUCAGGACAUAUUGCGCGAGUGGAAACCGAUUUACCAUCAAUUAUCCGCGCUCAACGAGCUACACUUGCCGCGGUGGACCGGUCAAGAGUCGGACUCUGAUCGUUGCGAACUGCACGGCUUCGCCGAUGCGUCUAACGUCGCGUACGCCGCCGCUGUCUACCUGCGCGUAAUCUCCAAAUCUGGCCGUAUAACUAUAUCUCUGCUUAUGGGAAAAUCAAAAGUCGCUCCG